AUGUCUCAAAAUUUUUGUGAAUCAGUGCUCAACGUCAACGACACCAACACCAUCAUCACCCUUAAUCCUGCAUCUCAGUUACCCACCAAGCUAACUGGUGAUAAUUUUCCUACAUGGAGGGCACAGCUCUUUACUCUUCUUCGAGGCCUUGAUCUCCUCAAAUUUCUUGACGGCUCUCAUCCUGCUCCCGCAGCCACUGCCGAGGCUUCUGUUCGCACCCUCUGGUUUCGCCAGGAUCAACUUCUCCUUCAUGCUAUUCAUGCCUCUAUAUCUCCUUCUGUUGCGCCCUAUGUAUCGGCUGCUACCUCCUCUCAAGAAGCUUGGACGACAUUGGAGCGCCGAUUUGCAAGCCAAUCCCGCCAGCGUGUUAUUCACCUCAAACAGAAGCUUGGCCGAGAAACUCUUGGCAAUCGUCCGGUGGCUGUCUAUCUACAGGUCAUGAGCACCACAGCGGCUGAACUCGAUCUUAUCAAUGCCCCGGUGUCCAAUGAAGACCUGAUUUUGUAUGUUCUGCGCGGUCUCCCUGAAGCUUAUGAUCAUCUCUUGGCUGCUAUUCGGGCACGUGAUACGCCCAUCCGCUUCGAAGAUUUACACGAUCGUCUUGUUGAUUUCGAAACUGAUCUGGCUUCGGUGCGCCUCAGUCCGCAAUCAACUCCGACCACCGCCUUCUCCUCUGCUCGCGGCUACCCUGGGUCUUUUGGUUCUUUCUCACGUGGGCAGCCUGGCCACCGCUGGUUACUCUCAUGCCCGUCGCAACUCUACGGUUUUGGUCUCAUGCCUUCCAAACUGCAACUUAUCUUAUUAAUCGCCUUUCGUCUUCCUCUCUUCAUGGCGCCACACCAUACUUUUCUCUCUUUAAUGAAUCGCCUAAUUAUAAUAAGUUGCAUGUUUUUGGUUGUGCUUGUUACCCAUGGCUACGUCCGUAUACCCCUCACAAAUUAG